GCGCGGCGGCGGCGGCCAUGACGCGGAGCUGCUCCGCGCUGGGCUGCACCGCGCGCGACACCGGGCGGAGCCGCGAGCGCGGCAUCUCCUUCCACCAGUUCCCGGUGGACGCCGCGCAGCGCCGCGAGUGGAUCCGCGCCGUGAACCGCGUGGACCCGCGGAGCCGCCGGGCGUGGCGGCCCGGUCCCGGCGCCAUCCUCUGCUCCCGACACUUCGCCGAAGGAGACUUCGAGCGCUACGGGCUGCGGCGGAAGCUGCGGCGCGGGGCCGUGCCCUCCCGCUUUCUCCCCUCGGAGCCGCCGGGCGCCGGCUGCAGGAGGAGCAGGACCCCCGGCCGAGCGCUGAAGCAGCCGCUGCCCAGCCCGCCCGCCGGGGACCACAACUACAGUCUGCAGGGACAGCGGGCCGCCGAGCCGCGGCCGCCGCCGGCCGCCCCGCCGCACCAGCAGCCGCCGCCGGCCGCAGGGAGAUGCGGCCCCGCGCCCCGGCGCAGGAGUGUGCCGAGCAUCCUCAGGGAGCUGGCGGAAAAGCGGCAGCUUUCUGAGGAAAUCGUGAGUCUGCUGCAAGCGCAGUUUUCAGAUUUGCCUCGAGAGUUGCACAGCUGGAGGCAGAUGGCAGACUACUCACCAGAAAUGAGGCAAUUUGCUUGUCUUCUCCAUCUCUACCACGUUAAGGCCUAUGAUUACCUACGGAAGAUUCUUCCCCUCCCUCAUCCUUACAGCCUGACAAACUGGCUGUCUAAUAAGGAGGCUGCUGCAGGCUUCAGCAGUGAUGUUUUUCUCCAGCUUCAGGAAAAGGUGGAGAGAGGGGACCAGGCCUGCCACUGCUGUGCUGUGCUGGUACAGGAUGUGUCCCUGCAGAAGCAGCAGGAGUGGGACCCACAGACCAAGCAGCUGACGGGCUUUGUUGACUUGGGAGCCGGCAUCCUGGAUGCUGACGAAGCUCCACUGGCAUCGGAAGCGAUAGUCCUCAUGGCAGUCGGCAUCUCGAGCCCUUGGACAGCUCCCCUGGGCUAUUUCUUGGUGAACAGCACGUCCGGCCCCUUCCUUGCUCAGCUCCUUCGUCAGGCCAUCCAUAAGCUGAACAGUGUUGGGAUCGUGGUGCUGGCUGUGACAUCGGGUGCCUCUGCUCGUGGUGCUGAGACUGCCAGAGCUUUGGGCAUCAGGAUAGAUCCCAGAAGGAUUCGGUGCACUUUCCAGCAUCCACCCGGUUCUGCUCACAGCAUCGCAUACUUCUUUGACGUUCCUCAUGCCCUUCUGCUGAUAAGGAAUGCUCUGCAGUGCUUCCACAAGGUCGAAUGGCUCGGUGACACCAUGUGGUGGCAGCACGUGGUGGAGCUGGCAGCUUUGGGUGAGCAGAAGGUGUUGGAGCCGUGCAGUCCUGAGUCGGGCAGGGCUGGGAGUAAAGGGAAUUACCACCUGGAGGUCAACCUUGCCACCCUGCUGUUCAGCGAGGGUGUUGCUGAGGCACUGGAGCACCUCCAGAAGCUGGGCCUCCCCUCGUUUCAGAGCUGCAGCGGGACUGUCAAGUUUGUGCGUCUGAUGAGCUCUCUGUGUGAUGUGUUUUAUGGCAGAAGUCCCUAUGGAAAGGAGCCUUUGCUAGCUGGGAAUUACACCAAAAUAAGCAACCUCUUCGAUGAGGCCAGGAGCUGCUUUGUCAACUUAACAGACUCUAUGGGGAGAUACAUUAUUAAGAGCAAACGCAAACUGGGAUUUCUGAGCUUGUUGCUCAAUGCCGAAAGCCUCGAGUGGCUUUCCUCCAACCACACAUGUCUAAAAAGCACUCUUUCCCACCACCUCCACACACAUGCCUUCAGCCUGGACCCUCUGGAGCAGUUUCUCAGGGCCCUCCAGCAAACCUGUGGCAGCAGUGGCAGCCCCACCUGCGCUGUGUUCCAGGCUGCCUACCACAAACUGCUGGCCAGCUGCAGCCUGGCCCCCCGCUCACCACCCAGCAGUGGCAAUGCCAGCCCCUGGGACGUAUCCCUGUCUCAGAGGAGAGCUCUGACUCUGGGCAGCAUUCGUGCCCAGUAUCACCCAGCUCCUGGGAGGACUCUGGCUCCAGAGUACCCCUACAGUGCAGGCCUGCUUUUGCCCAGCUCUGCCCUGAGCAACGCACUGACAGAUCUGUCGCUGUACGCACAGAGCCUCACCUGCACGGCCGGCUGGGUGGCCGAGCAGUUGGCCUUGGACUUGCAGUGUGAGGCUUGUCUUGCCUCUCUGUUUGAGGUAGAUGAGAGCAGGCUAAGGUGCAGGUCAGUGCUCUACAUAAAAAAGUUAGGUGGUGUGAGUCUGCCCUCAGCCAGUGUGCACCACAUAACAAGCAUUUCAGAACAAGUCCUAAACCAAUAUGGCAAAGUUGGAGGUGCCGACGACGAUACCAAGCUGUGGCAUUUGUGUCUAGAACAGAAAGUCAUCCAGGAGCUUCUGGGAGAAAGCCCCCUCUUUCCCACCCUUACAAAGCAUUUAUUUGAGGGGGAGCUGGGCAUCAACAACCACUACACGGUCUUAGUAAAGGAAAUAACACGGUGUUACUUAAAUGUAAGAACACACCCCACCCAACACCUGAAUUUGAAAUACCCUUGUGGAAGGCACAAAUUGAAGAGACUGAAGGGAAGGCAUUUGUUUCCAUCACCACUGGGUAGCUGUCAGUCAAGCUUAACCCACACAUGGUCUUUCUGAGUACUCUGUGGUUCUGAGUAUGGCUGUACCUUGCUGAGGCUCAGUGCUGGACAGAUCUGGGCAAUAUACAUGAGGAAACAAUGCUGGCAAAACUAGUGUUGAUAAGCACUGAUGUAUUGGGCCACUGCAAACCCCCGUACCAGAGUUUAACAGAGCAAAGCAGGGAAGUUUAUCCGAUCCCCUGUCCUUUCUAGCAGUCCUGCAAAGCAGCCAUGAAACUUACAUGGCAGGUCAGGAUGAGCCAGGGUUGCUCCAGGUGCCUGGGGCAGGGGUAGGAGACUCUGCAGUGUCCCUGGAAGUGUUGGGUGAUUUUAGUGCUGCAAGUGCUCUUGCCAGAAGAAAACUGAUAGUUGAUGGCGUUGCAGGGAAUCACAUGAACUGGCACUUUGAUUUCACCAAAAAGAUGUGCUUUAUAAAAGCUGGGGGCAGGAAAGCUUCUACUUAAAUAGAAAAAAAAGAAGUGAGAAGCAAGUGGCAUUCAAGUUGUACACAAGCUCUAAUCUCCUUUCCAGUAUGUCUCAUCAAACAGCUAAAGAUGCUGGUCCAGUCUGGAUCCUCUGGAUCAGUGCUGAGCCUGUGACUAGAUUGUUGUGUCCAGUGGCAUCCAGCAGCACCAAUACCCUACUCCAGGGGCAGGAAUACAUGGGUGUGCUGCAGCAGAGCAAGCAUUUCAGUUCCUAUUUCAUGGCCCCAUCCUCCCAGGGCUGGCCUGUGUCCUGCAGCUCAGGGCACAUGGCACCCUCCUUUCAAUGUUUCCACUGAUCACUUGAACCAUAGCUUUGAUACCACCAAGUAGGACAGGCUUCUUCCGUUAGUUCAUUUUCAUGGCAUGGAAGCUGCCUCCAGUGCUUUCCCUGGAAUAGCAAAGUUUGGCAGAACUGCUGCUAAGGCAUUUCCCUUUGCCAUGCAGAAGUGGAGUUGCAUCCAUAGAGAGGGAAGGCACCUAAUUCCCACAAAACCUGUUCACUUUCAAGAUCCAUGAUGGAACUGUGAUGAAAACUGGUGAUCUGCCACAUCUUAGGGCAGUAAUAAUAUUAAAGCUAUCAUUCUGCCUAGCAGUAACUUGACAAAACUGUCCCUGGUUGGUGUGGGUUUCUCCUCCUUCCCUUAGUUCUGCUGCACCCAACCCCUCAAGGUCUGCUUUGAGAGCAGCAGCACCACAGAAAUUCAUAAAAUCACUGCUGGGAGGAACAAACCAGAACCUCUGGGCUUUUUUUUCCCCAAUCCAAAUAUCUAUGCAAAAAAACAUGUUGAAGCCAUCAGAGUCACAGAGCCAUUCCGGCUACAAGAAACUUUGCAGGAAACUAUUCUGUCCCCUCUGUAUGUGAUUUUUAGGACAACUGGCAAAAUGCUGCUGAAAUCUCAGUGACAGAUUGGUUGCAAUCAUGUAAAGUUGGAACACUUGCACUGCCUCCACCUCCAGCUCUAAGAUGAGUAGUUUUGAACUGUGCCAUGGAUUGCUGUGCUAGACAGCACACCAAGAACCAAGGGAUAUUUAUUUAUCUCUGGUAGCAUUUGGUCUCACUGAAAAUCCAAGUCAGUACUUGCAUCAGAAGUGGACCUAGUGUUAACAAUUUAUUUUGAUAUUUCAGUGACAAACCUUCUGUGUAUAUUUGUGAGUGCUGAAGCAAAGGAGUGCAAAAAAAAAUCAUAUUUACAGAAUAGUAUAAAUGUUUAUUUUUUGUGAUUUAUCUGACUGUUUUAUUUGUACAAUAUAGAAAAGUGUAUUCUUUGAAUAGGUCUUGUAAAUAUAAAUUUAAUUUUUCUACUUUUGGAUGUAAACAGAACUAUAAAA